AUAGCAAUAGUAAUAAUAGUGAUAAUUCAAAUACAGUGCUACAACCCAGAGCUCCAUCAAAAGGAAGGGGUACCAAUCCUCCGUUUCACCAUAUAACUUCCAUACCAUCUUCAGAAAUUAUGAUAUCAUAAAACCCACUUCUUUCUUUUUAUGCUUGUUUUUGUUUUGAUGAGUCUUUUAUGCUUCAGGCUACCACUAAACAGAUAGGAACUGUAAGAGGAGUUUGGGAAAAUUAGGGGGCUGAGAUGCAAAGGGUGCAUAAAGGUGCCUCUCUGUCUUGUUGCCUUGUUCGGAAAUUUUACUACCACCAGCAUCAAAGGCUUCAGCAGUUUUAUCAACAUUACAGGUGGCUAGGAGAUCUUUAAAUGAGAUUUGAACUUCCUGAGGUGGAUCUGAGAUUGUUGAAAGGUUUGAUUUGUUUACAAAAUCAUUCUGCAAGUUGCAUUAUGGAUGCGAGAUCAAUAAAGGUUCCUGGCCCUCUGUUUGAAGGAAAGAAGAUUGAAUACCAACGCAGCCUAUCACAUGGGAAGGGGAGCAGCAGAAGAUUGUUGGCUGCAAGUUACUUCAGCUUAGAGUCAUUGCUUUUGCUCGUAUGUCUCACGGCUUCUUUGCUGAUUCUUCCAUUGAUACUUCCACCUUUGCCUCCCCCACCAUUCAUGCUGCUUCUGCUUCCCAUAGGGAUCCUAGCUGUUCUUAUGGUUUUGGCUUUCAUGCCUUCUAAUGUGAGGGAUAUAACCUAUACAUAUGUGUAAAUGGUGUAAUAAACAUGCACAGCAGCACAUGCACCUUUCUCAUCA